UUUCCAAUAAGUCCGAAAUUGAGAUAGUGCGCGACUCACGGUUUCUUCAUUGUUUUGGAAAUGAACGGCGACAUGAACGGUAUAAACGGAGAUGACGAUGAGACUUUCCUGUUCACGUCCGAGUCUGUUGGAGAAGGUCAUCCUGAUAAGAUCUGUGACCAAGUCAGUGAUGCUGUGUUGGAUGCCCAUCUGAUGCAGGAUGACCAUGCUAAAGUAGCCUGUGAAACCACCUCCAAGACCGGCAUGAUUCUGCUCUGUGGUGAGAUCACAUCAAAGGCCAAUGUUGAUUAUCAGAAGGUUGUCCGCGAUACCAUCAAACAGAUAGGAUAUGACGAUUCCAAAAAGGGAUUUGACUUCAAGACAUGCAAUGUGUUAGUUGCUCUUGAACAGCAGAGUCCUGACAUUGCCCAGGGCGUGCACGAGGACCGAGAUGAAGAUGACAUUGGAGCUGGUGAUCAAGGCCUUAUGUUCGGCUAUGCCACCGAUGAAACCGAGGAACUCAUGCCACUCACCGUCGUCUUGUCUCAUCAACUUAACGCCAAGAUUGCCGAGCUGAGGAGGAAUGGAACUCUCCCUUGGGCUAGGCCCGAUUCUAAAUCGCAGGUCACUGCCGAGUACAAAUUUGAGGACGGUGCCUGUGUACCAGUUCGUAUCCACACUGUAGUAAUCUCCUGCCAGCACAAUGAAGACGUCACCCUUGAACAACUCCGUAAAGACCUCAAGGAGAAGGUCGUAGACGCUGUAAUUCCCGCCAAGUACAUGGACAAAAGAACCGUUCUUCAUAUGAAUCCAGCUGGAAGAUUUGUUAUUGGUGGUCCACAGGGUGAUGCAGGUUUAACCGGAAGAAAGAUCAUUGUCGACACGUACGGUGGAUGGGGCGCCCACGGUGGUGGAGCUUUCUCUGGAAAAGAUUUCUCGAAGGUGGACAGGUCCGCUGCGUAUGCCGCUCGAUGGGUUGCCAAGUCACUGGUAGCUGCGAAUCUCUGUCGCAGAGUACUUGUACAGGUGUCAUAUGCGAUCGGUAUUGCACAGCCGUUGUCCAUCAGCGUGUUCAGUUACGGUACAUCAGAUAUGACCGAGAAGCAGCUCCUAGAGGUUGUCAAGAACAACUUUGAUCUCAGACCAGGAGAGAUUGUCAAGGCUUUGGACCUCAGGAAACCCAUCUAUCAAAAGACUGCCAGCUACGGACAUUUCGGCCGCAAGGAGUUCUCUUGGGAACAGCCCAAGAAACUCCGCAUUUAGAGACAUUUUUUUGACUCAACAUCAGACAGGAUAUAGAUAAUGUGCAUCCUCUCUCAGUUGACCACGGCGCAUUUCAGGGUAUGGGCGGUUGCAACUCUGUUAACUACUUGGGGAAAUCAAGGGUUUAUUUGCAUGUUAAUCAUGACUUCACACAAUCAGUCGACACCAGAUCAGACAAGAAAUUUUGGUAGGAUUUUCCUCGAUGAGAUACAAUUAUUGGUUAUCAUAGUUUCCAAAUGAGUACCAAUGUUGUGGAGGUUUGGUGGACUUGAAAAUUUCCAUCAGAUUUCCUUUAUUUCUGAGAUUUCGGUCUGGAUGGUUCGACUAGGGUUGACAGAUCUCGAUGCAAUUGCUGUAUGCUGACAUGCACCUCAAAUGUUGCUCCCUUAUCCUAUAGGGGUUUGUCUUGUGUUUAUAAAAAACAUGGAAAAGAGCAAUUUAUAAACACACGGGUUGACUAUUGAGGCCAUAAACAUCUUGCAAUGUUAUUAGUGUCUUUAGCCACAUUAGUUCUCUGCACUAAGUGUAUGUUGUCUAUAUCCUGUUUAUACGAUAAAUUUUUAUGUGGGGAUUGUUAUUGUGAUAACUCAGUUAAGAAUGAUAAUGUUAAUGAUUUAUGAGAAUAAUUUACUGAGCCUAUGACUAAUUCUUGACUCUGCGUAUCAUGUGUAGGGAAGGUGUAGGAAGCAGGGGUGCCCCAGCAUAGACAAUUGUAAAUGAAUUGUACAAAUUGGAAGCACUGCUUUUAUAAUUUGAUGUUUUUUAUUUCUGUACAAACGGACCAAGUAGUUUGAAGAGCUUGAUGCCUGAAACCAAGUUGCUAAAUAGGUAUCUCACAUUUAGAAGUUAAACAUAUGCUGUGAUACAGUUCUGGUUCGAGGAGUUUUACUUUAUAAUUCCCUGACCCAGUCCUGUCUGAACAAUUUUUAUGUAAAACUUUGUACUCUGCAAGUGACCUUGCCCCGGGUUGCUGCAAUUCAUGUAUGUGUAUCUUCUCUCAGACCUAUCACCUUGGGGCAAGGUUGAAUUUGCAACUUAUGAAUGUACCAAAGACUACUUUAACCAUGCUUUGUAAUGAUAUGUGAUCUUUAUCAUGUACUGUAAAACAUCUCGUUAUGUUAAGAUAACUAAGGCGAAACCUUUUUCCCAAAAAAACUGUAAAAGUUUACAAAUGGGCCCCAUUUGUACAGAAAUAUUUUUUCUCUGCUUCAGAGUACAGGUUGAUGUAAGAUAAUUUUAUUCUAAAAUGUUACUUCCUAAAUGUAACUAUGGGAUCAAUUAAAAAUUGUACAUUAGAUGUCA